CUUAUCACCCAAACUUGAGUACUCUCUCAACCCAAACUCAAACCACCUCUUCAUAAGAAAAAAACUCCAAAAUUAAGAUGAAGACUCCUCCAAACAAGUUUCUCCUACUCCACUUAACACUUCUCUUCCUUUCUUCCAUCUACUUCUCCACAUCAAAUGCUGAUGAUGUUGAGUUCUCCUGCAAUGCCAAUGACAAAGCCACUCUCCUCAAAAUCAGAGACCAUUUCGGCGGCCCCAACGGCCGCCUCUCCGAUUGGGACAACAGUACAGACUGUUGUAGCGACUGGAGCUUCGUCGGGUGUGGCAAACCCCUACCUGGCCGAAUCACCGUCGUCACCAUCAGCCGUGGCUGGGGUCUUUCUGGUACGCUUCCAGCAGAGUUUGGCGACCUCCCAUAUCUUAACUUCCUCUCAUUGGCUGAAAUGCCCAAAGUAACCGGACCAAUCCCUAACUCUUUCAGCAAACUCAAAAGACUACAAAAACUUGACCUUGGUUCCAACAGUCUUAGUGGGCCGAUCCCCACUUUUCUAGGCCAGUUGAAGGGCUUACAGGAGUUUGAUUUGUCUAACAACCAGUUAUCCGGUGUUAUUCCCGCGUCGUUCGGCUCCAUACCGUCUCUUUCGCAGUUUAAUGUCAGCUUUAACCAACUGUGUGGUGCGAUACCUACUGGGUUGAACAAGUUUGCAAAGAGUUCGUUUGAUCAUAAUAAAUGCCUUUGUGGUGCUCCUUUAGCAGCUUGCAAGUGAGGCCUACCAGCAAGUAAAUAAAAGUAAUAUAUUUGAGUCAUUGUGUGAAAACUUUAUUUCCCUAAAAUAAUGUUACGUGUUCAGUAUUCAUGCAUAAAGAAUACUCCCACUGUAAUACUCCUAUUAUCUCUUUUGGUAAUAUGGGCUUUAAUCGUUAUGUAUUUUUUCCAAUUGUGCUGUGAUUUUCAUGUAGUUUUUCCGAUUGUACUUUAAUUGUAAUUCCAAUGAUGGAAUCAAUCUUUUGUUAACCAUUGAAAUAAAUUGUAUUAAAGCUUUCA